UUCAUCUGUUUGCAUUAAUAGGUUCCAGCAAUGGCACUACAGGCACGGAAAGCCUGUUCGCCACUGCACUUAGCAAGCACAUGAGCUUAAAAAUAAACUUUGACAAUGUAGUUCUCUUUGUCCUUUCAGGAAUGGAAAACAUUAUGUACUUCAAAGCAUACUAAGCCUGAUUUUAAAAUCUAGUUGGGAUAUUGUUACCGUGGCAAUUGGGAGGGUCUUCAGGCAGUCCGUGGAGGCUUCGUGGGCAAUAGUGCUCAAGCCACAGACUAGUGAGAGUAAAUGACGCUGGCAAAUCUUAAUAUGCUCCUUCACGAGGAAGAAACGUCUGUCUUUUAAGCUCCCUGGAACAACCGGGAUCUAGUUCCUCAUUUCAAUCAGGAAAUCUCUUUCUGAACCAAACUGCUAAGACAGAGUUAUUGGAGUAGCACAUUUUACUGGCGUACAGCAGCGUUGGUUCAUUUUGGAGUGUUUUUGGACAGGAAAUCGAUCUACAGGGUAACUUUCACACAAGAAAGGAAACAGUAUGGGACGAUGGCUUGUUAGUACAAGUGACUCUGUUUUGGAUAUUACGGACAAGAAACCUUGGUGGAAGAACGGCAUUCAAGAUCACAAGCAUGAUGACUCCUGAUGAAAACAUCCCCAAAUGAUGAACCCACAAGCAAAAAGGAACUUCUACUUGGCGGCACCUGACUUGCUGGACCCUAAAUCUGCCGCUCAGAACUCCAAACCGAGGCUCUCGUUUUCCACGAAACCCACAGUGCUUGCUUCCCGGGUGGAGAGUGACACGACCAUUAAUGUUAUGAAAUGGAAGACGGUCUCCACGAUUUUCCUGGUGGUUGUCCUCUAUCUGAUCAUCGGAGCCACCGUGUUCAAAACCUUGGAGCAGCCUCAUGAGAUUUCACAGAGGACCACCAUUGUGAUCCAGAAGCAAACAUUCAUUUCCCAACACUCCUGUGUCAAUUCGACUGAGCUGGACGAACUCAUCCAGCAAAUAGUGGCAGCAAUAAAUGCAGGGAUUAUACCUUUAGGAAACACCUCCAAUCAAAUCAGUCACUGGGAUUUGGGAAGUUCCUUCUUCUUUGCUGGCACUGUUAUAACAACUAUAGGAUUUGGAAAUAUCUCACCACGCACAGAAGGGGGAAAAAUAUUCUGUAUCAUCUAUGCCUUACUGGGAAUUCCCCUUUUUGGUUUUUUGUUGGCUGGAGUUGGUGAUCAACUAGGGACCAUAUUUGGAAAAGGAAUUGCAAAAGUGGAAGAUACAUUUAUUAAGUGGAAUGUUAGUCAGACCAAGAUUCGCAUCAUCUCAACGAUCAUCUUUAUACUGUUUGGCUGCGUACUCUUUGUUGCCCUGCCCGCGAUCAUAUUCAAGCACAUAGAAGGCUGGAGUGCCCUGGAUGCCAUUUAUUUUGUGGUCAUCACUCUAACCACCAUUGGAUUUGGUGACUACGUGGCAGGUGGAUCAGAUAUUGAAUACCUGGACUUCUACAAGCCUGUCGUCUGGUUUUGGAUCCUGGUAGGACUUGCCUACUUUGCUGCUGUCCUCAGCAUGAUCGGAGACUGGCUCCGAGUGAUCUCCAAAAAGACAAAGGAAGAGGUGGGAGAGUUCAGAGCCCAUGCCGCUGAGUGGACGGCCAACGUCACGGCCGAGUUCAAGGAGACCAGGAGGCGCCUGAGUGUGGAGAUCUAUGACAAGUUCCAGCGCGCCACCUCCAUCAAGCGGAAGCUGUCCGCGGAGCUUGCAGGCAACCACAACCAAGAGCUGACCCCUUGCAGGAGGACCCUGUCUGUGAAUCACCUCGCCAGCGAGAGGGAUGUCUUGCCUCCCUUACUGAAAACUGAGAGUAUCUAUUUGAACGGACUGACGCCACACUGUGCAGGCGAGGAAAUUGCUGUUAUCGAGAACAUUAAAUAACCCUCUCUUUGAAGAACCUUAGGCAUAGCCAUAGGUGAGGACUUUUAUAUGCUCUUUAUGACUGUUGCUGGUAGCAUUUUUUAAAUUGUGCAUGAGCUCCAAAGGGGGGGAAAAUAAUAGAUAACACCCAUCACGGCCAUCUACCAUCGAGAGAAUUUGGAAUUCUGAGCCAGCACUAUCUUUUCGAUGAUGCUUGUUGAGCGGUCCACUUUCCUCGGCAAGUGGAAUGAAACAAGCAAUGUCUGAUGCCUUUUUGUGCCCAGACUGUUUUCCUCCCUCUUUUCGUAACGUGCCAUAAGGCCUCAGAAUGAAUUCUAAUUGUUUCUGGUAAUCAUGUAGCUUCGAGGGAUCAGUCCUUAACUUUUCAGGGUCUAACUAACUGAGCCUAGAUACGGACCAUUUAUGGAUGACGACGUUUCUUUUUGUAAAUGGCAAGAGAUUCUUAUGCAGCCUUUUACCUAAGAAAUUUUCUGUCAGUGCCUUAUCUUCCGAAGAAACAGAACCUCUCUAGCUAAUGUGUGGUUUCUCCUUCCCAGCCCCACCCCUAGGCUCACCUCUGCAACCCUUUAUCCCACAACUCCCGUUCGAACACCAUACCUUGCUGGGAACAGUGUGUACACUGAAAUGAUGAUGCCCGAAGAAGGAAUAGAUGCCAAAUUAGAUGGACAUUGAAGCAACACUCAGAAAUUCUAGCGUUAAAGGCACUGCAAAGAAAUGAGGUGCACAGACAGUCCCAUAUACACAGUGUAAUUAUUUCCAACGUGGUAAAAUUGGCUGCUCCAAAGAGUCCCUUUUUUUUUCCUGGCAGUAUUUGGAUGUUAUCAUUCAUUCAUCACUACACCUUAAAAGGCAGAAGCAGAAGGGGAAAAAAUAUAUAUACAUAUAUAUAUAAUGCUAUAUAUAUAUAUAUAUAUAUAUAUAUAUACACACACACACACGCUCUGACAGAAGAAAAGCUGUUAAACACGGAUCUUACUGGAGGUGAUUUAAGACAACUGGUGUGAAUUACCAUUCUGAAGAAAAGAAGAUAGCACAAUAAUGUGUUAAACCAUUUGCUAAUAAACAUUAUACUGCCAGCACCUAUUUGCUUUUGUGAUGUGGAAGACUUACCCGAUGUUCCUUUCCCUGGGUGACUUUUGCCAGACGGGAGGUGAUGCUAUAGUUGGAGUUGGGCACAGCCUCGCCUUGUGUGGGUGUCCCCCUGGAGCUGUGACUGAGCAUGAGAGCAGAAGUUAAAACUGGGAUCACUGUGAUAUUGCACAUGGGAAAAAACGCAGACUGCAGGCAUAAUUCAUUUUGACAUUAGAGAAAAAGCUAUUCUAGCACAAUUUAAAUCUUGAGAGUUUUUUGGGUUUUGUUUUUUGGUUUUUUUAGAUAGAAAAGGCUGAUAACCCUUUUUAGUUGAGUUUUAUAUCCUGUAACUCUUUGGAUGUUUCCAAGAUUCAGAAGAAAGUCAUUAAAGGCACCUAGUAGAUUGCUACUCUCUUUUAUUUUCAUACUUAGAUCUGCUGUACUUUGUAUAUAUAAUUUUUCAAAUGCAGAAAGAAGACAACUUCCCCAAAUAGAACUGCAAACAUUUCUUUUAUCCGGGGGGGCGAGGGUGGUAGAAAUAUCUGAAUAAGUGGCAUUCAGAUUAGGGACUUAAAAAAUAAACUGAGGAUCUUUAAAACAAAAACAAAAAUCAUCUAAAUAGAUGCUUAUUUUCCAAAAUUUAAAUUUAAGCUAGAAAUGUAAAUAUUCAGUUAACUUGUUGAAGGUACUUUUAUAAACAAAAAAAUUCUAACCAAAAUUUUAGAAAGUGAGGCUCUUUUAGAAAGAAAGCAACACCCAUUUCUUCGAUAACUGUUAAAGUUCAUAUGGUGAAAUGCACCAUGUAUAAACUGUGAAUUGUAUUGACAAAUAAAGUUUGUAAUUAAAGUCA